GAGAGAGAGUGAGAGAGAGAAAGAGAGAGAGAGCAAAUCUCAAUCCACACAGACUUCUCUUUGUUGCUGUUCAGAGGCUCUGCAGACAGCCUACAGACUCUAAGAAUGCUGGUGAGAACUUCACUGCUCUUGUGCUUGCUUCUGCUAGGCCUCUGCCUGGGGAUGGAGACAGAGAGAGAGGGGAAGGUGAAAAAAGAACAAAAGGGAAAUGUGUCUUCACACAACAAAGCGCGCAGCGGCAGCAGCAGCACCAGCGUGGCAGCCACAGCCCGAGCGCCAACCGGAGCCAGGAGCGGGACCGGGCAAAACAAAGGCCAAGCCAAGAGGACGGGGAGCGACAAAGUGGCAAAGAGUCAAAGGAAAACCACAGGGCCGCGGAACGACGCGGGCUGCGCUGCCAUCGGCGGCAUAUGCCAACGCAACACCUACGUGUGCCAAGGCAGAUACCUAAAGGAGAAGUGUGCCGGCUCGCCCGGGCGCCAUUGCUGCAUGCCAGCAGGGGCCUGGAAUGUGUUCUGUGCUGGGCACCAUCACAAUCGAGUGAGGGCCUGCGAUGGGUUUGGCUGUGGAGCCUUCAACUCUGUCAGAAAUAGUGCUCUUCACAAAGGAGUUGACGUUAUGUGUGAUGAUUAUGGCAACAUCAAUGCACCUUUCACCGGUACAUUGGGUGGUCCUGUUGGCCGCCGCGGAACUGAUGGCAUCCAGUUUGAUGGCGUUAAACUCUCCAACUCUGCGCACUGUGUGAAGAUCUUCAACAUCCGCCCCCACCGCUACACAGGGCCCAUCUCCCAGGGCGAGACGCUGGGCUACCUGCUGCCUCUGCAGGACCGCUUCUCUGGCAUCGCCUCACAUCUGGAGCUGCAGAUGUGUGACCUGUCCGACCCCACACCCUUCAUCUGAAACAUCAGUGGACAGGAUUAUGAAACAGGCCUGUGAGGGGUGUUAUAUAUGUAGACUAAUGUGGCAGUAAGCCUGAUUGCUCCCUUCUGGUGUAAUAUUUACAUUUACAUUUGCAUUUAGUCAUUUAGCAGAUGCUUUUGUCCAAAGCGACGUACAAGGGAGAGAACAGUCAAGCUAUGAGCAAUAGAGACCUAGUGUAACAAUAAGUACUAUUUUACAUAAGAAAUAGAGAGAGAAAAAAAAAGUGCAGGAAUGUAACUGCUGUAAGUGCAAGUUAAGUACCAUUGCAGUGUUUCCAUCAUUCUUUAACACAGAAGAGCUUUUCAACAGUACAGCUGUCAAUGUUUCUGCCAUAGCCAGGGUAGCUUUAUAAUGCUUACUUACUUCACAGUUUGCAGAAGGCGCAGACAGAUAUUAUUAUUCAUUGAGGUUGCAUUUUAAAUAUAAUCCAUUGACCCAAUGCAGAUAUUUCUAUGCUUUCCUACCACAAGAUGGCAGUAGAUGUGCAUUUAAUUUUUUGCAGAUGACUCACAACUAGGCCACUUAAGCUGUUUGCAAAUAUUCCUCUCAGACAGUUGUGUACAAAGCAAUAAUGAAGGGCAAAACUUUUUGCAGAUAGUAAAGAAUCUUAAUAAACUGUCACUUUACUUUA